AAGGAAGAGAGAGAGAGAGGGACAGAGAGGGACAGAGAGGAAUGUUUUGUGCCUUGUGUCUGAAGUGGGACGGAGGAAAUCUUUUUCCUUACAAGAGUACUGACAUUUAAAGUUUAUUAAAUGGUGUAUUUUCUGACCAGGACAUUGUGUGACAUUAAGGACGUAAGUGCCAUGGCUGUAAACCCGUGGAGUUUAAAAUGAAGCUCUGGACUUUGGGGAACAGAAGACCUGCGGCACGGUGGGAAGAUGAUGAAGAUGACGGUCCACAGAAAACACAACAUUAUUAAAGCAUUCAACAAAACAAGGACCCUACGCAGGGAUGAGUACUGGAAAGAGGACCAGAAUGCACUGCUUCUCCUGGAAGACCACGCCCAUCUCACUAUCGGCUCGGAGACACGAGAGAGGCUCCUCCUCCUUUCCACAGACUCGCUUAUUGUCGCCAAAACCAAGUCUCUGUAUCUGAAGCUGAAGGCUCGGGUGAGUCUCUCAGACAUCUGGUUGGCCUCCUGCACUCACCGAGUCACAAGCAGGAAGUUCAGCACCAAAACCUCCUUCGUGAUUGGCUGGCCGACGACCAAUUACGUGGUGACGCUGAGCUCUUCAGAGACGAAGGACAAGUGGCUGAGCGCUUUACAGUGGCACAGCGUGAGAGCCAGACAGCGUUUAAUCCCGACUCAUCUCGCGGUGAACGUUCAGCUGUUCGACUCUGCGGUGACCUCAGCGGUGAGUGUGGACGUCCACUCUACAGCCGAGAGCGUGGUUCAGAGCGCCAUACAGCAGAACGCACUCGCGGGCGGAGUCUCAGACUAUCAGCUUUGUGUGCUGUAUGAUGGAGAGGAGGAAAUGUACCCACUUAUCGGUCAUGAGCUCCCUUACUGCAUCUUGCUCCACUCUUUGCGAGGUCAAAGGUCACAGCACAUGCUCAGUAGACACCAGUGGCACAGCACUGAUGAACUGCAUGUAACAGAUGAAGCGAGCGAGUCAACAGAACCUCGUUUUGUCCUGAGGAACCGUGCUGCGAUACCCCCAUACAUCCAGACAGGUUUUCUAAAGCACAAAAGGAAAAGGUCUCUGAUUGGAUGGGCCCUGAGGAAAGGACACGACCAAUCAGAAGGACAGACCGACCUUCAGCCCAGCUCUAACAAGCUGUUUGGCCAGUCGCUUAACUCAGUGUGUCCUGAUGGAAACCUACCUAAACCCAUACUGGAUCUACUGAGCAUGCUGUACCGUGAAGGUCCUGAAACACUCGGGGUAUUCCGGCGCUCUGCGAAUGCCAAGAGCUGCAGGAUCCUGAAGGAGAAGCUGAACUCCGGACAGCGGGUUUCAUUACGCGGAGAGUCUGUGUUCGUCGCGGCGUCUCUCCUCACUGAGUUCCUGCGCAAAUUGCCCGGCAGUGUCUUGGGUUGCGACCUGUAUGAUGAUUGGAUGAAUGUGAUGGAAGCAGAUGAUCAGCAGCGCAAAUGCGUCUCAGUGAAGAGUGUACUUGCAAAGUUGCCCCAGGUCAACCGUACCCUGUUGUGUUAUGUGUUUGGGGUUCUCCAUCACAUACACGCACACUCAGAUGUGAAUCAGAUGACGGCUUCCAAUCUGGCUCUGUGUAUCACACCCAACAUGCUGUGGAGAGCACCGACCUCGAACCCUGAGCAGGAGAGCCAGAGCACACUGGAGGUGGCUGCGCUCAUCUGCUUCCUGAUCGAGAACACUCCUUCCAUCUUUGGUGUUGAGGUGGAAAAGGCUUUCACGACACUCUUGGAGACGGCGCAGGAAAACGAUGACCUCCCAGCCGACACCCCCUUGCCCCUCCACUCAUCCUCAGAAGAAGCAGAUCUGGACUUUCUUUCUUCUCCUCUCUUCUCUCUGGACCUUCAGCCAUUUCUACCCCUGAGCACUCUUUCCUUGAGCGAAAACAGAAAGUUGUCCUCUUUUAAAGCUGCAGCCUCGUCCACCACAGACGGCGCCUACAGCUGCGGCACGCUCGAUUUGGCGUUGACGCAAUCAACCUCGCUCUGUGAAUUCAGCCAAACACGAGACAGGUGUCUUUCCGAGCCUUCAAUGUGUUUUGAGGCGACAACACCUCCUCAAGCCCCGCCCCAUCCUCCUGUCAUCCGGCAGUCCAGCUGCGACAAUGGCGUCAUGGAAAAUAAAAAAAUCAACCAAUCCCAUAGCCCAUUGUUUCAGCGGCGUGGUAGAGUAGCGGGAAAGGGACGCUACGCUUUCUGGAAGUCGCCGCAGUUUCCUGCACGAUUCCGUCAUCCUGCUCGGCGGCUGGCCAGCGUAUCCAGCCUGUCAUCGACGGCGACGUCGUCUCUCAGCUCACUGGACAGCUUUGAAUACGCCCAGAGUCCGAGCGAUGAUAAGCCCCGCCCAUUUUUAUUUGGAACUUCGGCCCGACUCUGCCCGCUGACUCCGGAGAUGCCAAGGAAGCUCUGGACGAUGGCAUUCACUUAUGACGAGCUAAAGAAUGGAGAGAGAGACAAAGAUAAUGAAGGUGGAAUUAAGAAUUUGGAUGUUAACUCUGAGGAUGAGUGUAAAGAGAAGGAUGGGGGGAAUAUUGAGGACGACAGAGAAAUAGACAAAGGAAUGCAAGUGGAGGAACAUGAGUCUCCAAACCAUGAUGAAGGAAUCUCCUCCCACAUGUUACUUAAUAAUGAAGACCUGGGGAUCGUACACACCCUCUCACACACACCACCUUGUCCUGUGCACGCAAAACAUGCUUGCACAGUGCACACACAUUCACUAACACUACCGGCCAAACGAGACAAAACCAGCAGAAUGAAAAUCACAUUGUUCCCCAGCAUGGGCAGGAGGAUGUUCAAACAGUCAGCGAAGGUUACCAUGGAGACCAGAGGGGACGCGGUUACUGUGGCGCAGGUAAACGUACCGCAAACGCUCUUUUACAACCAGAACGUCAACCUGGUGCUUCAGUCGGAAGGAAGUCAGCGUAAAAUUAGCGACGCCGCUGAUGUUUGUACCUGUAAUGAUGUUUGCCUUAGCAAAGAUGGCGCUAGCCAUGAGCUUAGCAUUAGUAACGGUUUCUCCCUGAGUGAUGGGGAAACUGGUAUCCAAAAUGGCGUUGAUGUUAUCCAAAAGGUUAGCGAGAGCACUUUCCCUAGCACAGCCCCUAACAUUAGCGUAAAUGUGGAUGAUCCUAUCCAGAGUGAUCCUGAUCAUGACGAUAGCACUGACUACACCGUUAGCUUUAGCAGUACAGACAGCAUCACACGGGUUAGCCAGACCGGUUCCGCUUGCAUGAGCCAUAUGGUUAGCAACAGCAUCGAGGACUGUAUUAGUGAUGUAAAAUCUGUUUCCCAUAGUGCCCUCCAGUGCCUCGACACUACAACGAGUACUAGCCCAUUUAGCGUUAACAAAAUUACCCAUAAAGUUAGCCUUUCUCCAAGUAUCGCAAAUCAGUCUGCAGAUCAGUCUACUAAAUCUUCAUUCCGACAAACUAUACGAAUACGGCUACCAGCUACAGUGCGCAACAGCGUCAGAUCGUACUUUAGCCACACCCACACAAUCACACACUCGGAGACACACACACACUCACAGACACAAACGACCACAAUGACAAAAUCCCAGAACCGGCCGCUGUUUACUAGCAAACUGAAGUAACUGAAAGCGGUAUGGUGAAAUUCACGAGGUAGUCGUGUCAGCAGCUGUUGCUAAGUGUAUAAUUAGUGUCAUUUUAUUCAUGUAAUGUACUUUUACAAGAUUUUUCAGCACUUCUGAGGUAAACAUGAACUUUCCGGAUGUUUCUGUGUCACUUUCUCUCUCACUGUGUCCAUGUAGAAUGUUUAAUCUUUAAGUUAGCUAGCUAAUUCAUGCUCUUUAUGUCCAGGUAUUUUUGUUGUUGUGGUUGUUGCCUAGCAACACUGUUGUACCAAAGGUGAACGUAUUGUGUUGUGAAUAAACUCAAGCACAAAUCACAACAAAUCUGGCCCUAUUAGCUAAGCUAAUGUCAUGCUCACUGAGUAAUUAGCUAGUAAUGUGCUAAUUAGCCUAGCUAACUAUCUUGCUAGUUUUCCUGAAGGAUUUUAUGCUCAUUUGCUUUAUUGUGUAAUAAAAUAUCACUUUUGGCUUUUGAUAAAACCGGCAAAAAUAUAUCUACGCUUACUGCAGUAAUCAAUAUGAGGAUGUGAAAUUAGCUUAACAUUAGCAUGCUAACAGAUGUGUAAAGCUACCAUAGUACGAGUGCGUGAGCUCUCCGUGACCAGUAGGUUAUUAGGUAAGAUUUAAACGCACAGCACUCUAACGUAUUUAUUAUCGAGUAUUUCAGACAUUUUAGCAUUUAUUAACAAUUAAACUGAUUUUUUUUGUACACUGCACACCUAGACAUACUGCUGAAUGUGUGUGUGUGUGUGUCUUCUGACAUUAAUUUAAAGGUAUUUGUCUGUGUAAUAUUUAAUAUUGUACAUUUUUACAUCAUUAAAGUUCAUUAAAAAGUUUUCUGUUAGUUAAAAACAACAUUCUGCAUCACUUGUCUCUGUGUGUCUGUCUGUCUUCCUGUCUGUCUGUAGGCAUCUAUGUGUUCGUCUCUCUCCUGUCUGUCUGUAAAUCACUGCCCAAAUAUAACACAUGUUGAGUUUUUUUGUGGAAAUGUAAGAUAUUUUGAAAAGAUUUUUAAAAAUGUGUUAUGGAUGGUAUGUGUGUGUGUGUGUGUGUGUGUGUGUGUGUGUCAUGUGGUAAUUCACAAAA